AUGGCAGGAUUUGCACAUAGUUUUUUACUAUUAUUACAAUACCCCGAUUUUACAAACCUUACAGAAGAAACAUCAUCAUCUACAUUAAUUACGGGUGAUUCAAACUUCAAAAUUCAAAAUGAUUUUGAUCGAAUUGAAGAUAACCCAGCUAAAAAUUUCAUUACCUCAUUUCUUUCAACAUAUAAUUGGUUAAAUGGUGCAUAUUUACAGGAUGAUGUAUGGAAUUUAUGGGCAGUAACUUUUAUUACUUUUUUUGGUAGUUUUUUUUUAGUAACCAUUUUGCAAAAUAUGUUUAUUGCUUUUAUGGGGGGUGUGUAUUCUAAUGCAUAUGAGAAAGGUCGUGUUACUUUAUUACGAUUUCGUGCAGACAUAAUUUCAGAUUAUGAGGCAUUAGAUAAGAUAUAUUUCUAUCCUCCGCCACCAGAACCAGAAUAUAUUUAUUAUGUUGGUAAAUCAGAAAGUCAUGAAAGCUGGGAUGAGAAUGUCAAAAAAUGUGAGAAUAAAAACUUAUAUGAUGAUUAUGAAAGCGAAAAGAAGAAUGAAGAUGAUACUAGUACCAAAAUAAAUGAGCUUAAUAAUAAGGUUGUUGAAAUUGAUUAUAAGAUGAUUAAAUUGCUUGAAUUGGACAGCAAAGUUGAUAAGGAAAGCGAAAAGAAGAAUGAAAAUGAUACUAGUACCAAAAUAGAUGAGCUUAAUAAUAAGAUUGUUAAACUUGAUGAUUAG